AUCUUGGUUCCAUCGAAAAGAGUAAAAAGGAAAAAAAAUGCGACUGCUGCCGCGCACCGCGGUGGAGAAGCCCCUGUACCUGACCUACCUGGUGAACUGGCUGUGCGGCAUCGGUGUGAUCGAGUACCCGAUGGGCCGACCCCGUCCCUGGCUGAGCUUCGGCUACUCGGGCGGCUGCCUCGUGGUCUACUGCACCCUGGCCGUGCUGGCCGCCCCCGAGCUGGCCCACUGCUUCCCGGCGGAGAUGCUGCUGCCGACGACGAUCCUCUUCUACUCGCACAUCGUGCUGACCGUCAGCACGAUCGUCCUGGGCUGGCUGCGAAGCGAGGGAAUGCGCGCGUGCAUCCUGAACCUGGCCGCGACGGACAGCCUGAUGGAUCGCUUCGAGGCCACGUCGAAGAAUUACUCGAGGGUCGCGCCCUGCCGGAUGCUCGAGAUCGUGGCGCGCCUCGCCAUGGUGCUCUUCAUCAUGAUCCUGAGCUCGUACCUGUUCUACGAGGAGGACACGCCGUCGCGCACCCGAGUGCUCGUCUCCGUCGUGCUCUCGUAUCCGGUGAUGCUCAUGUUCGUCGCCGACACGACCUUCAUCAAUAUCGUCAACUGCGUGACCUAUCGAUUCCGGAACCUGAACGAUCUGCUGGAGAACAUGCUGUCCGAGUCCAACGAGUUCCGUCGCUCCGACAGGAGCAAGCGAUCCUUCGAGGAGAAGUACACCAAGUGGAACAUGAACAUCUCGGAGAGCGCCAAGAAAGACCAGUGGAACAACAUCAAACUGGCUAAGAAAAUCCACUUGGCACUGGUAAACAUAUGCCAAGAGGCCGACAGAUCCUACGGCUUGCAGAUCAUCCUGUCCUCGGUCGUUGCGUUCGCCAUCAUCACCGGCAACAUGUACGUGAAUUACUUGGUGCUCGUCGAGCUUCAUCUGCCCAGGCAGAUAAUGAUGAAGUCCAUCAUCGGGGGCGCCAUCUGGAUCGCCUAUUACACGUUGAAGAUUCGAUGCUUCAGUUGCGUUUGCACGCGUUGCGUCGAGCAGUCCGUCACCAUCGGUGACAUAGUGAACAAAUUUUACGACGAUCCAGUCAUUCAACUCGAAACUCAGGCCGAGAUUCGCGACUUCAACAUCCAAAUGAUCCAGCAGCCCUUGAAGUUUACCGCCUGCGGCUUUCUCACUAUAGAUUUCACUCUGGUGCAGGGAAUGACUGCGACGAUAACCACCUACCUAAUGGUCAUGGUUCAACUACGGAAAAGUUCGACCAGCUACGCAAUGAUGAACGCAAUAAAUUCGACGAAAUAAUAUACCGAUGACUGCGAAGCCAUCAUCCCAUCGUCGUCUUCGUACAUUUAUAGACAAAAAAUAGACGUGAAAUUUCAAUUCGUA